CCAUGGUGGAUUAUGAUAUUCCAGAGACGACGAAACGUGUGAAAAGACAAAGAAGGUCACUCCCUGCAGUUGCACUGAAUGAUAACACUGCCCAACAAAGUGAGAAGCAGAAAAUAGACUCAUCUAAAGUUGAUCAAAAUAUUGCUCAUACACCUACUGUGAAGAGAAGUUCAAGAUUCAGAGGAGUUAGCAGGUACUACUAAUUAAAAACGAGUCACAUUCUUGCCAUUUUGGGAUCCAUAGGUUUAAGAAACUACUAAUUCUUGUUACAAUUAUCAUGGAUUUUAGGCAUCGGUGGACGGGGCGUUAUGAGGCUCAUUUGUGGGACAAGGGUUCUUGGAAUGUAACUCAGAAAAAGAAAGGAAAACAAGUCUAUCUAGGAGCAUAUGAUGAAGAAGAAUCUGCAGCCAGAGCCUAUGAUUUAGCUGCAAUUAAGUACUGGGGCACAUCAACUUUCACUAAUUUUCCGAUAUCUGAUUAUGAGAAAGAAAUUGAAAUAAUGCAAACUGUGACCAAGGAGGAGUACUUAGCCUCAUUAAGAAGGUAUUUAAUUUGUUCAACUUGAUUUCUAAUCAGAUUAAGAUCAAAUCAUUUUAAAAUCAAAAUUUACCUAGAGUUUUUGCCAUUCUAAUGCAGGAGAAGCAGUGGUUUUGCCCGAGGUGUAUC